UGUUGAAAUUGACCAACAUUACACUUGGAAGUGUGUAAUUUGAUACUAAUAACGUGACUUCUGAAAAGUUUAUAUUUCUGUGAAAAGAAAAGUAUUUUUUUAAAUGAAAACUCGAAUAUCUGCAUUGAAUAUUUUCAAUAAAUGCAGAACAAACGUUGGAGUUCCAGAUAUUUCAGCGUAUAUGAUGUACAAUAUUGGCAAAAGAACAGAAAUAAAGAAAGAAAAUACUAAUUUUACAUUAGUAUUUUUGCUUAAAUUUUACAAUUUCUUUGGAUCAAUUUUGGAAAGUACAAAAUAAUGAUCUCAACAUACAAAUAUUAUCUUGCCGAUUAUAUUGAUAGAAUAUGUGGCAAACUACAUCAAUGAAUGUUGUAUUAAGUAGUUUAAACAGAUGUGCAACAUUAUUUUACAUCGAUUGUACUGGAAUUAUAUUUUUAAGCACUGCCUACGUGUGAAUCACUAAUGACAUGAAUGAUAUAGCUUGUGAAUCAGACUGUUUUUUACAUUUUGAUAGAGAAGAUUGUAAUUGAUCUUCUGCAUAUAAAUGUUUGUUGUUUAAUUAUUUAAAUGUUUUAUAUAUUCUUUGAAACAUAAAUUGUAUGUGUGUAAUAAAACAAUACACAUUAGAUUAAGAAUAAAGCACAAAUUCUCUAGU